AUGUCUCAAAUACGUAGCAGUUGGGAUCGAAAAAUAAAUCCGGGUAUCAACCCAUACGCGGGUAGACCACGGCGAAUUCGAAGAUACAAUCAACGUGGUGGUACAACCGUGCCUAAUCCUGGCGAUCUAUUACAACAAGCCGUUACAAACGCUGUGGUAAACGGAAAAAGAUAUGCGGCAAGACAAUUAAAAAGAGCAAAACGUUAUAAAGCAAGACAAAAACGUCAGCAGAAGAAACCUAUCAUAACCCAAGAAGGUGGUCGUGUACGUGUGGGUUUACGAAAACCUGUUAAUCAUAUGCCUGUAGUCUAUCAAUAUCAUCAAUAA